CUCUUUAGAGGAAGAGAAGAGAACUUCGAACGAAUGCGUGAGGAGAGAAAGUGUCACAUGUCCUCCUCAGGGUCUGCUCGAAUGGUAGCACAGGUCUAAAGAGCGGCCCGGGGUCGGAUCUUGGAUCUGCUCCGACACCUUCAGCAUCUUCUGUGAAGUUAAUGGAGUAGUAAAGAAGACAAGAUCCACUCUAAUGUCUGCUGGUGGUUCGGAGAUGGAUGACUUGACGGAGGAGACGACGAGGGCUGCGCCGCUAAGGCAGCCGAAGGAAGGUGGCACCAUAACUAGACAGCCAGCAACGAAACGCUACAGUGAGAUUUUACGGGACUUCGAUAACCUGGAGCUGUCCUUAGUGAGCAGCACGUCUGUCGAGGAACUCCUUGGAGACCCCGAUAUUCAGUCUCUUUCGGAAACAGGAGAUGCAACAUUGGAUGAUUUGUCUAAUGAAGAUGUGGAGAACACACUGGUCUGCCCGGAUGGAGAAGAAAAAGAUGGUGCCAUGUCAGCCCAGAAUGCCGAUACCGUCAUGUGUCGAUGCGAGGGUGGCGUGGAGCUCGCCUUACAAUAUGCCAAGAUGUGGUGCCGCUAUGCCAAGGAUCUCCUCACCUGGAUAGACAAGAGAAUCAGCCUGGAGCAAGAAUUUGCCAAAAAUAUCAUGAAAGCAGCAGAAACAACAAAGUCUUCUAUUGCCCAGCAGGACCUUAUGCCCCUGCAGACGAUUUAUAGCAUGGUUCUGGAGCAGGAUAUGAAGAGCAGUUCAACAGCCAAACACACCACUGAGCUUCUACAACAACGCUGUUACCAGGCAUUGUCUGCCAAAAGGAACGAGAUUGACAAAUGGCGUCGGGAGUUUAAAGACCAGUGGAGCAAGGAGCAGAAGAGAAUGAACGAUGCGGUUGCAGCACUGAAGCGAGCUCGGCAGCAGUACCUACAGCGCUGUGAGGAGCUAGAAAAAGCCAAAGCCAUGACCGCCAAAGGAGUCGACGAAUCCAGCGGCACUAAGACCCUGGACAAGAGGAGGAAGUCUCAAGAUGAUGCUCAGUCUAAGGUUUCAGAGGCUGAGUUGCUUUAUAAGCAGUGUGUGAGCGAUGCGAAGGCUCAUCAGGAUGACUUGGAGAGAGUAAAGGAGAUGAUCAUCACCCACACUCGCAAGCUGAUAUGCCAGGGAGACACCGUGCUCAAAGAGGUGACGGUGAACAUGUUCUUCUACCAGCGACAGCAGAUGGAGCCGAUCCCUUUAGGAUACUUUAACCUGGAGGUGACCUGCAGGCCGUGCGAGCCUGGAGAACCCUACCUGGACUAUAUCUCCAAGAAAUGUGGCCCUGAGCAACCCCUUCCAAUCUUCACCUUUCAGGAGUUUAUCCCCCUGAGCAAGAGAAAUCGUAAAGUGAGUAACGCCAUGCCACCGCUGCAGGACUCCGAUGACAUGAGGCGCUACAGUGAUGGAAGACGCAUCGGACACAGUGACAGCGACAGCAUUGGAGGAAGCCUGGAGUCUCUCUCUAGUCCAGCCCAUAAGCUGCCGAAAGCUCCUUCUACUGGAACCGUGUCGUCUGAUGACUUGGACGAGAGAGAACUGAGCGCUGAAGCUGAGAUCUCUGAUCCCCUAAAUGAGAGUAACGGGCCCUGCUCUAAAGUGCGCACCACAUCCCGAGCUGCUCUCACUCACCGCCUGAAAAAAACCAAGAGCAAGAUGCAAAAGUGCAAGCUUUGUGACAACUUCAUCCUGGUUAAUGGCAUAGAGUGUGAAGAGUGUGGGUUUAUUGUGCACAGGAAGUGUCUGGAUCUGUGUCAGACUGAGUGUGAGCGAAGGAUGGGGGUUCUCUUCGGGGUGGAGUUCUCCAUGUUGCCUAGAGAGCAGCCGCAGGACGUUCCCUUCAUCGUGCAGCGCUGCACUGAAGAGAUCGAGAGCCGAGCGCUCACAGUGCAGGGAGUUUAUCGAGUUAGCGGCUCCAAACCCAGAAUCCUGAAGCUCUGUUACACUUUUGAAACCCAAAAAGACCAGGUUGACCUUUCGGACAUCUCGCCCCAUGACAUCACUUCCGUUCUUAAGCACUUUUUUAAAGACCUUCCCGAGCCUUUAUUGACCUUUGACCUUUACAAUGAUUUCAUCAACCUUGGAAAAGACAUUCAGCGGCUCACAGAGAGAGACCAUUCGGCUGAGAUUGCUCAGAUGGAGGAAAGCAUAGUGAGCAAUCUGAAGCAGGUUCUAGCACGACUGCCCCCCUGUAAUUUCAGUACACUGCGAUACAUGAUGGCGCACCUGUACAGAAUAUCUGAGUGUGAAGAGAAUAAGAUGUCCCCCGGUAACCUGGGCAUCGUGUUCGGCCCCACUCUCCUGCGCCCACUUGUGUCAGGCGACGUGUCCAUGAUUGCCAUUUUGGAGAGCAGUUACCAGGCCAUGUUGGUGGAGUUCAUGAUCUCACACCAUGACCAAAUCUUUGGCCCUGCUCCGAGGACGUGCACACCUCAUCCACCUGUAGCCUCCAAAACAUCCGUGGGGACGGAGCCUGACACUGCUGACGAGUGUGGAGCCUCGACCAGAGAACGGCCGCGGUCUCUUGAGUCAUGGCUAUAAGGAACAUGGCAGCCAUUGCUUGGGCUCACUCUGAGUGUACACUUGUGGACCCAAUUAUGGCGUGAGAACCGUCAAUGAGGAACAUGGAAUUCUGGGAGGUUGUGCAUGCGACAGUUUCAGCUCUGCGGCACUAGGAACUAAAAAAAAAAAAAAAACUUCCAGCAGUGAAGACAUCUCUCAAUCCUAUGUAUCCUGAAUCAGACAUUGCUAUAAGGACAAAAAUGAUGGGGAGCACCUGGUUUAUAAGAGUGGUACAGGUUACAGGAAGUGACUUGAUGGAUUAGGAGACACAGGACCAGAACCUGAGAAAGCAGCUUGAGAAGAGGUCUGUUUUGUAGGAUACAAGACUUCAGGUGCGCUUAAAAAUCAAGGAUUAUUGUGGGCUAGUAGCUUCCUAAAUUGUACAGGAUAUCAGACUGAAAAACUGUGUAACAUUUAACCAUUUAAUAUGGUUUAACAUACAUAAACGCAUAAUAGUAAAUUUUUAACACAAUGCGGUUUGGUCAUCUUAAAUUAUUGUGCAUUUCAUUUCAUAUAGGACUCUGUGCUGAAAUAUUCUAGCUGUGUUUGCUUCUUUACAUAACUUUUGCAGAGAUUUGAUUUUAUACUGACUCUUUCCCUCAUCCUAAAAUUCUGUAUAAGGCAGGAAAUAAUUUUAGAACAGCAUGUAGACAUUUAAGGAUAAUUCUUCUGUUUUGUAUAUUUGAAUUGUGUUCUCUAUUGGAAC